AUGGAUCAAGACCAAGCCAUACAACCGCCGCCGCCGCUGCCGCAAGAUGCUCAUGACGACACCCUCGGCGGUAUUGAGGGUUCACCCAACGUCGCCUCCGCAUCUGGUCAAAAUGGCCAUGACAUUCAGCAUCAAGAAGCGCAGACAUUCGACCAAGGUAUGAUGAGCGACCCGGGCACGAUGAGCCCCAACCUAGAUGAAAUGGACCCCAAUGCGCGAUACGAAACCCCUCCGAUGUCCACGCAGCCGCCGCAAAGCAUCUCAAGGCCACCCUCGGGCGCCGGCGGCGAACGCCACUACACCGAACACGCACCUCGAUCAGCCGGCAACGGCGCAGAACAGCAGAAUGGACGGAACCACGUGGUCAUCAAGGUUGGAAUGGUUGGCGAUGCGCAGAUUGGCAAGACGUCUCUGAUGGUUAAAUACGUCGAGGGAAGCUGGGACGAAGACUACAUCCAGACGCUCGGCGUAAACUUCAUGGAGAAGACCAUCAGCAUACGGAACACGGAGAUUACCUUCAGCAUCUGGGACUUGGGAGGUCAGAGAGAGUUCGUCAACAUGCUGCCGCUGGUGUGCAACGAUGCAGUCGCCAUCCUGUUCAUGUUCGACCUGACGCGAAAGAGUACAUUGAAUAGCAUCAAGGAGUGGUAUCGCCAAGGACGAGGCUUCAACAAGACGGCCAUUCCGAUAUUGGUGGGCACCAAAUACGACCACUUUGUCAACUUCCCGCGGGAGGACCAGGAAGAGAUCUCAAAUCAAGCUCGACGUUUUGCCAAGGCGAUGCGAGCUGCAUUGAUAUUCAGCAGCACCAGCCACAGCAUCAACGUCCAGAAGAUCUUCAAGAUCGUGCUAUCGAAAGCAUUCGAUCUGAAGUGCACCAUUCCGGAAAUCGAGAAUGUCGGCGAGCCUUUGUUACUUUACCAGUCCUGCUGA